UGCUCAACUUCCUCAACCUGUAGCAACCUCCUGACCGGCUUCUUUAUUUAUCAAAGCAUCAUAGUCAUGCACGAGGAAGAAAUAUACACCUCUCUUCAGUGGGACAAUCCUGCAUCAAACUCUUCUCAGAAAUGUCUUUCUUCCACCAAAAUUUCAGGAACAUGGCGUACUCUGAUGGUGAUUUCAUGUAUUUUCUGCGUGUGUUUAUUAACAACAUCUGUUUUCUUGGGAAUCAAAUUGUUCCAGGCAUCCACCACCAUAAUGAAGCUACAAGAAAAACUCAUCCGGCAAGACAGAGAGUUGUGGAACUUUACACAAUGGAACAAAACCCACGCCCUUCAGAGGAAAUGUUGCCAACCCUCUUUCAGUUCGGCCCAUAACCACAGCCCUUGUCCACACAAUUGGAUUCAGCAUGGAGAAAGUUGUUACUAUGUUUUUGAAAACUGGAAGAUUUGGCAGUACAGUCAAGAGGAUUGUUUGAAGGAAGGCUCCAGUCUUCUACAAAUAGACAGCAAAGAAGAAAUGGAUUUUAUCAGCAGCAGCUUGCAGAAAGUCAAAGCCAGCUCUGAGUACUGGGUGGGAUUGUCUCAGGAUGGAGUUAGCGGACCUUGGCUUUGGCAAGAUGGCUCCUCUCCUCCUCCUGAACUGUUACCAAUAAAGACAGCCCAGUCGAUUAGCCAGGUCUGCGGAUACCUCAGAGAUAAUUCCCUUUUCUCUGCUAGUUGCAGCAAUUGGAAAUACUUCAUCUGUGAGAAGGAAGCAUUAAGAUUGUGUGUCUGAAGGCAGUUGUUCAAAGGGAUGCCUCCAAAAGCACUUGGAAAACCUGCCACACACACACAGAAAAACUAACAGCAAAUACAGAAGUAAGCUGAUAUUUGCGGGAGCUAUGAAGCCAGCUUUUGGGGACUCAAAACAUGCUUUUGUAUUUAUACUUGGUAACGUUUGUCAAUACUUUUCAAGGUUUCAAUUAAUAUUAUUCAAAUUGCCAAGAAUAAAAUUGAUUUAGAGUUACAAAGGACCCAAUCCUGUUACACUGAGAACAAUGUAAAGAAAACAGAUAAUCUCCCCACACCCAACACUUUUAAAAGAAGUCUCGAAUAAAUAAAUAAGUAAAUAAAAUUGACCAUCUAAACUUA